AUGGAAGACAUAUUCCAGUGGUGCCGGGAAGGCAUCGCCAUGCAAGUGCGAGUCUGGCUCGAUGACACAGAACACGACAUGAACCAGGGGGAUGACCACGGAUUCAGUCCGUUGCACUGGGCCGCCAAAGAGGGCCAUCUGAAGAUUGUUGAGAUGCUGGUGCAGAGGGGCGCCCGCAUAAAUUCUACGAACCGAGGCGAUGACACACCUCUGCACUUGGCCGCGGCUCACGGUCACCACGAAAUCGUUCAUCUGUUGUUGAAAAACCGAGCAGACAUCAAUUUCACAAACGAACACGGUAACACUCCAUUGCACUAUGCUUGCUUCUGGGGUUAUGAAGCAAUAGCUGAAGAACUUAUUGAAAACGGUGCAUUGGCUGCUUUGGCCAACAAAGACGGAGACACUCCGUUAGACAAGGGAAGAGGACCAAUUUUAAAACAUUUAAAAGAUUUGGCUUUGCAAUCUGGACAAGAUCUUACCAAAAUCAAUUUCAAAGAUCAAAGCUGGUUAGGUUUGAAAACGAGAAGCAGAGAUGCUACAUUAUCACGGCAUAAAGGAAUAAACUUGAGUGAUCUUUACUUGCAUACAAAAUUGGCUACUUCGCCCAGUGGAGAAACAUGGCGUGGUCAUUGGCAGAAGAAUGAUAUUGUUGCCAAAGUGUUGGCAGUUCGACAAUGUACUCCUCGAAUUUCCAGGGAUUUCAAUGAAGAAUUCCCAAAACUCAGAAUAUUCUCGCACCCUAAUGUGUUGCCAGUGAUAGGAUGUUGCAACUCCCCUCCCAACUUGGUGGUUAUUAGUCAGUAUAUGCCUUGGGGCUCACUCCAUACUUUAUUGCAUGAAGGAGCCAGAGUUACAGUGGACACAGCCUUAGCACUUAGACUCGCAGUAGAUGUUUCUAGGGCCAUGGCGUUUUUGCAUAGCCUGGAAAGGAUUAUACCACAAUUUCAUCUGAAUAGUCAUCAUAUCAUGAUUGACGAGGACCUAACAGCUAGGAUAAAUAUGGCAGAUGCUAAAUUUUCAUUCCAAGAAAAGGCAAGAAUAUACUACCCCGGAUGGAUGUCUCCUGAGGCUUUACAGAAAAAGCGAAUUGAUACUAAUUCAGAAGCAUGUGACAUGUGGAGUUUUGCGAUUCUCCUAUGGGAAUUAGCUACAAGAGAAGUUCCAUUUUCUCACUUGUCGCCAAUGGAAAUAGGGAUGAAGGUGGCUUUGGAGGGUUUAAGAGUGUCUAUUCCAUCUGAUAUUUCUCCACAUCUCACCAAACUGAUAAAAAUAUGUAUGAAUGAGGAUCCAGGCAAGAGGCCAACUUUUGACAUGGUGCUUCCAAUUUUGGAUAAAAUGAAAAGAUAA